AGCCGUUUCCAACUCUGCCCCAGCAACAGCGCCAGAGCCCCAGCCAGGCGACCCAGCGCCGCGCCGCGCGCGGGGAGAGAAGCAGCUGUUCCCAACAGCUGGGGGGCGGCGGCGCCGGGCGCCCCAGGUGCUGUCCCGGCCAAUCGCAGGCGUCCGGCCCGCCCCCUCCCCAGCCGGGCGUCGACCCCCAGGGCCGCUGGGGAAAAAGGAAUAGAGGGUUGGAGAGCGGUCCUCCGUCCGCACUGGUGUGGCAGCUACUAAGCAGAAGGGACGGUUCCCAGACCGAGCCGGGCCCAGCACCGCGCCCCCAGCUGCCACCUCCGCGCCCCCGGGACACGGUAGCCUCUGAGCCAAUCCCCAUCCCACUAAGCCACUCGAUUUUCUUUUUGAGAAAGAACCAUCUACCUCUUCUGGGCUUGGAGACCACCACCCUCUCUACAUUUAAGAAAAAAUAUUUGUAUUUUAUUUUAUUUUUACUUUCACGCGGGGUGAGUGCAAAAGGCUCCCACAGUCCGCGGCUACGGAGCUGGUUACCCGGACGAUCCGGAAGGUCUGGACAGUGACCGGACGCGGGGACUGGAGCAGAGCGCCUGGGCGAGUGUCGGGGACAGUGGGCCACUUGGGAAGCCGCGCGCCCAGCGCCCACGCCGCCCCCUCGCCCCCGCGCGCGCCCUCGGCCCCCGGCGGCCGCCGCGCGCUGCGGGAGACGCGGAGCCCGAGGACCAGGCGCAGCCGCAGCCGCAGCCGGAGCCCGAGCCGCGGGGCGGGCGCGAAGAUGCACACCACCCAGAAGGACACGACGUACACCAAGAUCUUCGUGGGAGGGCUGCCCUACCACACCACCGACGCCAGCCUGCGCAAGUACUUCGAGGUCUUCGGAGACAUCGAGGAAGCGGUGGUCAUCACAGACCGGCAGACCGGCAAGUCCCGGGGCUACGGAUUUGUCACCAUGGCUGACAGGGCUGCCGCUGAAAGGGCCUGCAAGGAUCCCAACCCCAUCAUCGAUGGUAGGAAGGCCAAUGUGAAUCUGGCAUACUUGGGAGCAAAACCAAGAAUCAUGCAGCCAGGUUUUGCCUUUGGCGUUCAACAGCUUCACCCAGCCCUUAUCCAGAGACCUUUCGGGAUCCCCGCCCACUACGUCUACCCGCAGGCUUUUGUGCAGCCUGGAGUGGUCAUUCCCCAUGUGCAGCCCACCGCAGCCGCGGCUUCCACCACGCCGUACAUUGAUUACACUGGAGCCGCCUAUGCUCAGUACUCCGCUGCCGCAGCUGCCGCGGCAGCAGCCGCUGCCUAUGACCAGUACCCCUAUGCAGCAUCCCCAGCUGCUGCAGGCUAUGUGACCACUGGGGGCUACAGCUAUGCUGUCCAACAGCCCAUCACCGCCGCUGCGCCCGGGACAGCUGCUGCUGCGGCUGCAGCUGCUGCAGCCGCAGCCGCCUUUGGCCAGUACCAGCCUCAACAGCUGCAGACAGACCGAAUGCAGUAGACCAGCUGUCUGAUCAAAGUCAAAAGGGUUUCUCUUUCCCUCCCGAUCUCCCAGUUUUUUAGUAGCUAAUGAGAAAGUUAACAGUUGACUUGCCCGCUUUAAAGGGAGAAGGCAAGGCUAGUGUGAAGCAGAGGUGUUACUUUUUUACCAUACUCCGGGUAGUGCUGCAGGUGAUAAGGGGAGAAAGGGAGGGCGAGAAACAGUUUUUGAAGUCAAUCCCAAAGAGCCCGAGUUACACAGAAUAGCCACUAGGAGAUGAUGGCAGGGGUACCAGUGGGACUUCACUUUUGUAUGGGGAUUUUUAUUUUUUGCUCUUUUUUAUAGUAUCAGGGAAGCAAACUGCCUUUUCCAAGUUAGAAAAUGCUAUGUGAAUCUAGUUGAACCAGGGAAUACGGAGUGAGCAAUAUGUAGCUUGAAUUACGCGUAAAAGUAGAUUUAAAAAAAAAAAAAA